GGACCCCUUAUUUUCUUUUAUCGAAGUAAUAUCGGCCAUCUCUACCAAUCUCUACGUAACACGAUAAGGCCGGAACGGGGAUUCUAAAGUGGUUGCAGGAUUACUUUGGAGGAAACCUUAUUAGCAAGACUCACAUUUUUGCAAUAAUGUUCGCAGCGAGACGUAUUUUAGUUUCCAACACAAUCAAGGAUAUGUUCACAAGAACAAAGCAUUCUCUCCCAGAUCUGCCGUAUGACUAUAGAGCUCUGGAGCCUGUCAUAUCUGCAGAGAUCAUGCAACUUCAUCAUUCCAAGCAUCAUGCGACCUAUGUCAAUAAUCUGAAUGUUGCAGAGGAGAAACUGAAGGAGGCAACUGCAAAAGGUGAUGUAAACACUCAAAUUGCUCUAGCUCCAGCAAUCAAAUUCAACGGUGGUGGACAUCUCAAUCAUUCAAUCUUCUGGUGCAACUUAUCACCUACUGGUGGUAAUCCAGAUGCUGUUCUUGUGAAACAAAUUGAAAAAGACUUUGGCAGCAUGGAAGAGAUGAAGAAACACUUGUCAGAGACAACUGUGGCAAUUCAGGGGUCUGGUUGGGGUUGGCUUGGUUACGAUCAGAAAGCAAAGUCCCUUAGGAUAGCUACCUGCGCAAAUCAAGAUCCAUUACAAGCUACGACUGGUCUCAUUCCUCUCUUUGGCAUUGAUGUGUGGGAGCAUGCCUAUUAUUUGCAGUAUAAGAACGUACGACCUAAUUACGUGAAAGCAAUUUUUGACAUUGUCAAUUGGAAAGAUGUGAAUGCACGUUUCAAAACUGCUGCUGGCUGUUGAAGGAUGAAAGACAGCACUUAUAUUAUAAAUGCUGAAUUGUCACUUAGAGUGACAGUGCUUUUGUAAGGUCGAAAUGUCAUGAGCUCUAUUAUUGUGCUCGAUAAUACCUGUGAUUUUGUUUUUCUGUAUUUAUAUAAAUAUUUUCCUCAUACCAUAUCUCAGAUUUAUGUAAUUACAAGUGAAUAUCACAUAAAGUAAGUAUAAUAUAUGCAUAAGUAGGAUUUACUUUGUAUUUUGUUUUACAAUGAAAUAAAAUAUUAAUAAUAGCAUUUAAUUUGUGACAAUGUUCAAUAA